UUGUCAGUGUGUGUGUGUGUACAUGACAGGAGCUGAAGGUCUGGAUGAGGGACAGAGAUUGCACGCUUAAACAAAAACAGCAGAGCAUCUGAUCAAGACAGAGACGAGAGACGGUGACAGAAAGACAAUGUAAAAGUCUCUUUUUUUUUUAAAGUGGAUUUGGCGAUACAUUGAACUCAAAGGACUUUUUCUUCUCAAACAGUAACAGAUGUACUUGUUCCUAAAAGUGUUUUUUGGCUGCUUUGGUCGAAUGCAGCCAGCAGAGUAAGUGCCAUUUAGAGAACAGCAGCUGCAUGACAACUGCGACUAUGUCAAGGUCUGAGGAAGCAGUCAGAGACUAAUACAGCAAGCAAAAAGAAAAAUAGAAAAAAAUAAUCUUUUGGAGAAGCAGGAGCACGUUCAAAAGAAAUAUCAGUGGUGAAUACAACCUGUACAGGCUGCAAGCUCUGCUGUUUCUUCAUCGUCUACCUCCUCAUCCUCUGCUUCAAGCUGCAACUUCAUCUCCUGCAGCAAACGACCAAAAUCAUAUCCUCGAUCAGUCCAGCAUCUUAAUCCUCCAAAACCUGCUGCAGUCUCAGGUGCUGGUCUUGUUGGGUCAGUUUGACAGUUAAUGACAGCUGACGCCAUGGCAUCAGCAGCUCUGGAGCUGAUGGGCUUCUUCCUGGGCCUGCUGGGGAUGCUGGGUACCCUGGUCGCCACAGUGCUACCAUACUGGCAGAUUUCCGCCCACAUCGGCUCCAACAUUGUUACCGCCGUGGCCAACAUGAGGGGCCUGUGGAUGGAGUGCGUAUAUCAGAGCACGGGCGCUUUCCAGUGUGAGACCUACAACUCUAUGCUGGCGCUGCCCUCCGACCUGCAGGCAUCUCGUGCACUCAUGGUCAUCUCCUUGGUGCUGUCCAUCCUCGCCAUCGCCAUUUCAACCUUGGGGAUGCAGUGCACUAUCUGCCUGGAAGGCUCAGGUGCAGUAAAAGGUCGUGUGGCAGGUGCGGGUGGGGGUCUGUUUUUCACUGCAGGCUUCCUGGCACUCAUACCUGUGGCAUGGACCACACAUGAGGUAGUCCAGACCUUCUACCGACCCAACAUACCUGCCAGCAUGAAGUUUGAGCUGGGGGAGUGCCUGUAUGUUGGCCUGGCUGCUGCACUCAUCUCCAUGCUGGGAGGGGGGAUGCUGUGUGUGUCAUGCUGUGAGGAGCAGGAUGGCGGUCGUGGGAGACGACACGGUGGAGGGUAUCCAUACCCAGUAGGUGGCGGUACGCUGGGCACAGGAGUACGGACCACCUCACAGACCUACCGCAACCCCACCCUGCAGGUGGGAGGCACCAACACAGCCAGCAGGGGGCAGACGCUGGUUCGCAGUACCAGUGGCAGCUCGCAGACAAGUAUGCGUGGCCAGGAAGCCAGGAAGCCCACUGCGGCAGGAUAUGACAUCACAGGAUAUGUCUGAGGUUACUGACUCCAUAUUCACUUCAUAUACUGUAUGGCUCCUUCACAACUUAAGUUGAGUUACAUGUAUUUAUAUGCUGUUUUUUUUUCAAGAUGCUUGACAAUAUGUGACACAUUUAA